AUGGUGCAUGCCGCUGGCGGCCGAUCACAAGCGAAUCUAUUAUAUCCCACCUCAUCACCUUUGGCUUCACUUGAAGUGCCCACGCGCAAAAUGCGCAAGGGAAAGAGAAAGGCUGAUUCACAGGAUAAUGAGAGACUCUCCAAACGAUUGAGUCUCCUCAAUCUUGAGCACAAUGGACAGAAAUUAUACGUGCCGGUGGAGAGCCCACAGCUCAAGCCGGCGCCCCCAUCAGCGCUGAAGCAUAUCCCCGAAGAAGAUUCCAUGCAAUUGGACGACUCGAAGCACAAAGUUUACAUCUAUGACCUCGACGCCGAGCUGUCCGACAGCGGCGAGUCAGACGACGGAAGGCUGGUCUUCCUCCCGGACAUUGAGAAACAUCUGCGAGAAACCCGUAUUCCGCCCUCAAUACUAGCCAACAAAGAUGGGGAACUGGCAGGCAUGCAGGUGGUACUAUACAGCGAGCCGACAUCAUUGACGAUACCAGAAGAUAAGGACAGUGUGAGGAGGGCCAUUAUCGAAGCCAGGGCGCGGGCGAGACGCAAACAGCUCGGUGAGCCAGAACUGCCGACGCAGGGUGAGCAGGCGGAUGCGUCUUCCCAGAUGGAUCUCGAGAUGCCUUCGUCCUCUACGAUGACCCAGCUCAGAAAUUUCACAGGGCUCAGCAACUUGGCAAAUGAACCGAUAGAAACGAAUCACGUGGUUGGAAACUGCGAUACUUGGCCACCAGCUAUGGCUCAUGGGCCGCAGCCGGAGCCGGAGCCGGAGCCUAUGGACAUGGACAUGGACAUUGAUUUGGACUAG